AUGGCGCACAAAACCAGCAAAUCAGCUGGAUGGAGUUUCAAACCACCUCGACAAGAACUCAAUUUGAUUCAAUACACAUGUCAGGUGGAACCCCUUGAUGUUCAACUUCUGAAUCAUCUAAGAGAGCAGGCUCAGAAUACGGACGACUUGUCUGUUCUAUUCAACAUCUUGCCACCUGUAGAACAGCUGGUCUCGGAGAUACCAUACACUUUACCACUGUUGGAAGCUAUCUAUUUGAAGUGUGAACUGAGAACUGUUGAGGAUGGUCUUCUGCUCCCAACAAAAGAACUCUGCUGUGAACAACUAUUCUGUCAACUUGUGUGGUGGACUGCAUUCUGUGAGCAAAGCAACACGUCCAGUGUUAAAAAACACUGUGUCAUGUUCACGGACUUCCAACCAUGCAUUGCAACAUUGAUGUCCAUUAUCGGGAGGCAAUGCCCAGAUUUAGUGAAGAGAGCUCAUGAGGAUAGAAAUCAGCUGAAAACCUGUUUGGAGAGUCUUGGAUGUCACGGGCUCGUUAAUUGCUCAUCAGGCUUAAUUAGAAUGACUGAUGCUGUUCAUUUGGAAUUGCUGAAGCAUGUGGAAAAUCUGAAAAUUAUCUGUACACAGAUAAAAGAAUUACAACAUGACCCCAAAUCAAGCGCCCCUGAUCCAUCAUGUGAAAGUCAUCAAAGACAAAUGAGUAUGAGAUUAUCACAAGUGUUCGAACGUCUUAAGCUUAAUGAAACCCUACAAUGUGUUUUGGAGGAAACGUUCCAAAACCAACAUUUGGGAUCACUUCUCCGUAUCUGCCGUAAACGUGUUGGUUCUGACAAAUUGCUUAUCGGAUUGUUUAAUGCAUUUGCAAGAGCCGCUCCAGAAGACUUUGCACUUCAGCAGAUGGACCCAAUUGUCGCUCAACUCAUCGUUGUUUUCAAUAAUUCAUAUAACAAGUUAUUGCAAAUGUGUCCCGAUGAAGUGAAUGCAACUAGAUUGUCUUCGGGAUCUUCAACAUCUUCAGUUUCUCAAGGAACACCUUCUUUGAAUGACAAAUUUUCUGUGCGUUCAUCAGAAAAUUCAAUUCAAUUUGAUAAUCUCAAACAAGAGAUUUCAAAACUACGGAAGGAACUUCGAGUUGCAAAUUACACUAUCACCCAGUUACGCGAGAAAUCUGAGGAGGAAUCAGUUAUUAAAGAGAGUGCUUUGCCUAUUCCCGACUAUCCGGAUGCAACCGCAUACUAUAAAUCAUCCACAAAAGACCAACUGAGUCAAUUGGUCACUCGAUUCGGUGAAUUGUUCAUAUUCGCAAGCAACGAAUUGCGAGAUUCGUUGGAUACAUUACCGGAAAUGGAAGGGGAAGACGACUUGCAAGCUAUUUUCGGUCAUGAGACUUUGAUAGUCACUUACAAUGUAGUCAAAGAGCACAUUGAAGAUAGAAAAUUGGCUGUUUUGAAAGCUUUGGGAUCAGAUAACAACAAUGCAACAGAGUCAAAGGAAUUAACUAUUUUUGAAAAUGCAUUGAGUUCCCAGUUAUACAAAGAGUUCACUACAACAAAAGCUGGGGGUAUGAUUUCAGAGGAACUCUGUCAAGAAGUGUUCAAAAAAUUGAACGACUAUCCAGGCAUUGACGAGUGUCUAACAGUUCACCAAUUCAUUCAAAAGUGUAUUUCAAUGUCUUGGGACAUACAAUGUUGUCCAGAGCAUACAUUAAAAUUGGAAUACGACGGAAUAGAGUUCGAGCCGACACGUCACUCAAGAGGUGCUUACUCGGGAACUACCAAUCACAUUGUCAACUAUAUAUGGCCGUCUCUGAUAGAUACAUCAAACAAUCGUGUUCUUUUGAAGGCGAUUGUUUUGACAUAA